AGUACUAGGGGAAGGGAAGAAGAACAAACAUGUCUGAAUUCAGCCAGAACUCCGAUGAAGAAGCGUGUCCCGAGGACAUUGAUGAAGAUGAAAUCUUGGCCAACCUGUCCCCUGAGGAGCUAAAGGAGCUGCAGUCUGAGAUGGAAGUCAUGGCCCCAGACCCCGAAGUCCCAAUUGGGAUGAUACAGAAGGAUCAGACAGAGAAACCUCCCACAGGGAGCUUUGACCACAGGUCCCUGGUUGACUACCUGUACUGGCAGAAGGCAUCCAGACGCAUGCUCGAGGAUGAGAGAGUCCCUGUCACCCUCUUGCCCUCUGAGAGAAAUGCUGCAGAGGAGAUGGAAAGUAAUGUUGGUGGCAGUGGUGAGGCGGCUGGCGGAAGGGUGCCAGAAGAAAAAGAGAGGCAUUACAAAAAUGAGCACUUGUCCAGCUCAAGACCACAACCUGAGGUGACAAAGAAAGAUGACACUGAUAAGGAGAGAGAUGAGGAGGAAGAGAAAGAAGAAGCAGAAGAGGAAGAUGAUGAAAAUGAGGAAGGGGAUGAAGAGGAAGAUGAGUCUGAAUCAGAAACAAAGGAUACUCACACCAAGGAGAAUGGUCCCAGUGACCAGAUAAGUAAGAAGCCAGAUCCAGAAUCAGCAGAAACCACAGAAAAGCCAAGUGAAAAGAAAAUAUCAAAAUUAAACAUCCCCAAAAAGUUGGCACUGGAUACCAACUUCAUGAAGCUAAGCGCCAGACCUUCAGGAAACCAAACCAAUUUAGAGGAGAAUCUGGAGAAAGUCCGAAAAAACAGCCCAGACCUGAAAGAGCUCAACCUGAACAACAUAGAGAACGUCCCCAAAGAAAUGCUGAUAGACUUUGUCAACGCCAUGAAAAAGAACAAGAACGUCAAAACCUUCAGCUUGGCCAACGUAGGGGCCGACGACAGCGUGGCGUUCGCGCUGGCCAACAUGCUGCGCGAGAACAGGAGCAUCACCACCCUCAACAUCGACUCCAAUUUCAUCUCUGGCAAAGGGAUCGUUGCCAUCAUGAGAUGCCUGCAGUACAACGAGACGCUGACGGAGCUCCGCUUUCACAACCAGCGGGGCAUGCUGGGCCACCAAGCGGAGAUGGAGAUCGCCAGGCUGCUGAAAUCCAACGCCACCCUCCUUAAAAUGGGGUAUCACUUCGAGCUGCCGGGGCCCAGGAUGGUGGUGACCAACCUGCUCAGCAGAAACCUGGACAAGCAGAGGCAGAAGAGGCAAGAGGAGCAAAGGCAGCAGCAAAUGAAAGAGCAGAGAGAAUUGAUAGCGAUGCUGGAAAACGGACUUGGGUUGCCUCCUGGGAUGUGGGAAAUGCUGGGGGGCCCAAUGCCCCAGACAAGGAUGCAUGAACCCCCACAAGCCCCGAAGCCACCUGUCCCUACAGCUGCAUCUCUGAGGAAAAGGCAGGAGAGCAUGAGGCAGCCAGCCCCCGAGCAGCCACCCAGAGAGAAGACUGUCGGCUUCAGAGUGGUUAAGCUGAAGAAGAUGCAGCGCAAACCCCCUGUGCCGGAGUACGUGGAACCCCCCGAGAAAACCAACCUCAAAGACGUCAUCAAAACACUUAAACCGGUUCCCAGGAGAAGGCCACCUCCCCUGGUGGAAAUAACCCCGAGAGAUCAGCUACUCAACGACAUUCGGCAGAGUAACGUCGCUUACCUCAAACCGGUGCCAUUGCCAAAGCAGCUGGAGUGAGAGACCAGACUGCCCUGAAGACAACAACUUGGAAUAAAGACUGUUUAAGUUUUGCUUACAACUAAUUCAGCAGAUGUUUUCUGGUACAUACAACUCUUUGGGAACAAAGCUUGAGGCACACACUUUUGUAAGUGUGGGGAAAACGGCUGGCAUGGGAAAAGUCAGUGCUAAGCAUUUCCAUCAGGUAUCAAACAAUCCCAGUGCCAUCUGUCUGCCAAGUGGAUCUGAGGCUCCAGUUUGUUGUGGGAGUAUUUUCUCAGAGGCAUCAAUAACCUUGUCUUUCUAGUUUGUCAGCAAACUAUUUUGCUUCCACGUCGUCCUUCUGCUGCCAGAUUCUGCAGGAACAUGCUGUGCUUUAUCUUAUCUUUCUUUUCACACACAUGCUCCUUUAUUAUUCUCUUGUCCAUGUAUUUGGUUUCCAUGUAUACAGCUUCAUUUUUUAGGUUAAGGAAAGAGAAAUGAAAUAAAGCUCUCUCUGUAAGAUGUGUGCAGCACUUCCAUGGCUAAUAAGCAGCUCACCGAACAGAAUGAGUGUUCUGGUACCUCAAAUCCUUUAGCUUGAUGGUUUCCAGCUACCUGUAUUUCAAAACAGUCCAGCUGGCAUUGUACCUGAUCAGCAUCUAAAAGAUGAUGCCACGCUCUGCUUUGAGAGCUGUAAUCCUUAUUGCCCACAAUUCACUUUUGUCCAUGAGUGUUCCUUAAUUACAGCCACUCCAGAGCACUGAAAAGCCAGUUCAGCUCUAUAUCCAUGCUGCUCUUGUGGGAGGUGGAUGUGGCUUACCCCUGUCUUUGCCUGGGGUUUAAGAAACUCAUAAUUCCUCAUGAAUAGCACAUUUCACCUCUAGCAGGGCUGGAUAUGAUAGGGUUGAACCUUAUUAUAUACAGCUUAGCAUUUCCCUAUAAUUUGUGUGAUUU